UCCACGAGCCAGCGUGACACGCGUACGCGUGCGAGGACAAGCCUCCAGCCAGUCACGCACCGGUGUCGUGUGCAUCGCCGAUCCCACCUCGGCCGAUCCGCGUUAAAAGGAACGUGAAAAAGUAGAGAGAAAGACGAAAAAAGCGGCUAUCAAUUUAUGCGAUUCGAGGACUCGUUUAGGUGGUAAACAAGCCUCCGCGGCUCGACCAAUCGGCUCACAAGCUCACGGAAGACCUGUUGGGGGCUCGAGCUUAUUUAAACGCGGGAUCGGUAUCGAACCCGCGACACUUUACCUACCAAGAGCGAUACCGAGAGUUUUUGUCCGGGACGAGGAUCUUUUUCUUGCGGGAUACGAGCGUCACUCAAUUUAGCAAGGCACGAUGACAAGCUACACCGACAAAGGACCCAAGCCAAUCGGAGGAAAAUUUCUGAGUUUCGACCACAUAAGAUUCUGGGUCGGAAAUGCAAAGCAGGCGGCUAGUUAUUACUGCGCGAGGAUGGGGUUCGAACCCCUGGGCUACAGUGGUCUGGAGACUGGUUCGAGGCGUACAGCAUCACACGCUAUUAGACAGAAUAAGAUUGUAUUCGUAUUUGAGUCAGCCUACGAGCCUGACGACGAGGAAAUGGCGAGUCACCUUUCUCGCCACGGCGACGGGGUCCACGACAUCGCCUUCAACGUCGAGGACAUCGAUACCAUCUUCAAGGUCGCAAAAGAAAGAGGAGCGAAAAUCGUGCGGGAUCUGUGGGAAGAACAAGACGAAUACGGCGUUGUCCGCUUUGCAACUGUACAGACUUAUGGGGACACGCUGCACACUUUCGUCGAUCGUACGAGAUACAAGGGAUUCUUCCUGCCAGGAUAUCGCAGAGAAGCUGCAGACCCAAUCGUCAAACUUUUGCCUACCAUCGACUUGAAGUUUAUCGAUCACAUCGUUGGAAAUCAACCAGAUAAUGAAAUGGAAUCAGUGGCCAAGUGGUACGAGAAAUUCCUGCAGUUCCACAGAUUCUGGUCGGUCGACGAUACUCAAUUGCACACGGAAUAUUCAGCCUUGCGAUCAAUCGUCAUGACAAACUGGGAGGAAACCGUGAAGAUGCCGAUAAACGAACCGGCCCCCGGCAAGAAACGUUCGCAAAUUCAGGAAUACGUCGACUAUUACGGUGGCGCCGGUGUCCAGCACAUCGCGCUUAACACCAGUGACAUCAUAACAGCCAUUACUAAUUUACGAACGAGAGGAGUACAAUUCCUUGAUGUACCGGACACCUAUUACGACGCGCUGAGAAAGAAACUGCAGUCCAGCAGAGUCAAUGUUGUUGAGGAUCUCGACAUUCUUCAGAAGUUGAAAAUUCUCAUCGACUACGACGAAGAUGGAUAUCUUCUCCAAAUCUUUACCAAGAACAUGCAGGACAGGCCGACUCUCUUCAUUGAAGUAAUUCAGAGACGCAAUCACAACGGUUUUGGCGCUGGAAACUUCCAAGCAUUGUUUGAAGCAAUUGAAAUGGAGCAAGCGAAGAGAGGCAAUUUGUAAUAAUUCGACGUGUCGAUUAGGAUUUUUAAGAAAUAAAUAAUAAGACUUAAUUGUAGAUGUUAAUAAAAACGACGUUUUUGUGAUAAAAGCUAUUGUGUUUAAAUAAGAUUGUAAAUAAUAAAGCUAUUUUGAAGAGAUCACUUUCA